AUGGCUGUGACGAAAGAGCAGGCAAUCUUUCCUCCGAUUCAUCAAACCGCAACACUUGAUCUUGCCCCGCUUGCACCGUUCACUCACUCCUUCAGGAACAUAAGAGAGAAAAUUCGUUCAUCAGUCGGUCUCUUCUUAUCCCCAAGAGCUACUGCACUACGCCUAGCGGAAGGAAAGGAGAUUGAUCGACGUCCGAAGCCGAAGAACGCUCGACCGCGAGUCCCAAGGCGAAUUGUAAGCCCCAACAACAAAGGAACGAGCAUUUUUGGGGACUAG